AUGUUGGAUAUUACUCAUCAAUUACCUCCGGAAAUAUUGUCAAAAGUAUUUUCAUAUGUAGCUAGGGAACCAUUGUAUUUGUAUUGCUUUUCAAAUUUACCACUCGUAUGCAAGACUUUUAAGAAAUUAUUGGAAAUGGCAAUUUGCGUUCAUCAUGAUGAGGGAUGUAUUGAUGAUCAAUUAGAGUUGUCAUUUUCAACAAAUAUCAAAUCAACCUUUCAACAUAAUUUAGUGGUUGAUUUUCUGACUCUUCCAAUGCUAUCAAAGAUUGUAAACUCAAAAAGAUUGAGUGAUGUUUUGAGUGGUGUUUCUCAAAUUUCAAUUUUGGACCUUUCUAAUCAGAGAUUAAUGUUUCAAGCACUACUAAAACAAAACAUCAAUGAAUUACUCAAUAUUUUAGAGAGUAUCUAUUUGAAAGGAAAGAUAAUUAGCAAGAUUUAUUUGUGUGGAUGCUUUUCAAUCGGAGAAUCAAUUCAAAUGACUAAUUUUGUAAAAAGUUUAAUAACCAUGCAUAGAAAAUCCACUUCAAAGAAUCUAUACAUUGACGUUUCUCCUCUCUUUUCUCACAAUGAGGCAUCUAAUGAAGCAACAGAAUAUUUGAGCUAUAAUAUGGCUGUCACAGAAUUGCAAGCAGAAUUUGAAGAUCAGGGUAUUCAAAUAGUAGAUUGGUUUGAUUUAUUAUUCAAUCCUAUUGAAAGUGACACUGAGUUUUUAGAAAGAUUGACCUCUGUAGAUCCAAUGAAUAUUCCACACGUAAAUGUAAAAGGGUGGACUCUUCUACAUUCCUCAAUACUCAACAGCUAUUUCAAAAGUACUCAAUACCUCUUGAGUUUACCACAAGUUAAUGUAAAUAUUUUCAGUGUUGCAAGUUUCUCCAAUGAUGACACAAUUCGAAUUGAACAUGAUGAAGAUGAAAUUUCUCCAAUUCUUCACAAAACUGUUCCUACUGUAGAUUUCAAAUUGAAAUACAAAGGCACACCAUUAUUCUUUGCCUUAUAUAAGUUGACUUCUAACACUCAAUCCUCCUCCUCUAAAGAUGGUGAAGUUGUAGAUAUGCUUAUCCAAAGAGGAGCAUCUGUUAAUAUUGUAGAUAAUUAUGGAAGAUCAUUCCUACUGAUUGCUUUAUCAUAUGGUUUUCCAUUUGAUUUUAUUACUCAUAUUGUAGAGAAUUUUGGUCAAGUGCACCAAUGUGACAACAAUAAGAAUAGCAUUUUCCAUCAAAUAUUCUAUUCUCCAUCUCUAUUGAAAGAUACAAGGAAAACCAAAAAGGUCUUGGACUUCCUCUUCACCAAAGAUUCUCUAUUGAGUAAUCAAGCUAACGCACCUGGUUUAUUACCUAUUCAAAUUCCUUUCCUCUUUUCCAAUAUGAAAAACAUUCUCAAUAAGGACUGUGCUUCAGAGUUAGUAAUUGCUAUUGCACAUUUCAUCAAAUGUGUAGAUGUAAAUUUAGGAUUGGAAGCAUCCACCAUGUAUAUUAAUAUGGCUAUUGAUGACUGCCUAACUCUUAUCAAUGAGUCUAAAUUUUCCAAAAAGAAAAUGUUUGUCAUUACAAACAAGAUAUUUAUUGGGCUAUUGAGAAUUAAACUAGAUAUUUCCUAUCAUAUUGACAAGACAGAUAUUAAUCAAGUAAGAAAUGAAUUUAUGAGAUUGGAUGACGAGUUGGGUCAUAAUGUUCUUCAUAGAAUGAAAAAAUUGGAUUGUAUCAAGUCAUUCUUUAAAUUUCUAGAGCUAGAUAGAGUAUCCUAUUACUUUUAUAUUAAUAAUCCAGAUGUUAAUGGAAAUACUAUCCUCCACCAUUUAAUAUCAUCGAGUGAAAAUGAACUUCAACUCUCGAACGAUGUCGACAGAAUAGUUGAAGAAUUAUUUGGAGAUGUAGGAUAUAGAAACAAGGAGGGAGAAACACCAACAUCUCUUUCAGCUUUGAACGGAUACUAUGCAACAGUUCAUUUUAUGCUUUCCAAUCAACAAACAGCUCACUACUCUGAGAGACAAAUCAUUGCCCACAACGAUAAUAUACUUCACAUUCUAAGAAGUAACAGAGAAAGUGCUUCCAAGAGUUCUGACAAUAAGAGACCCUGCCAUUCCAUCAAUUCUUGUAUCAAACUCAUUGAACAACAAAACGAAAUGCUCAUUCAAAAUUCCAGAAAUCCAAAAACCAAAUCCAUUAAUUUAGCACUCCUCGAGGAGGAAUUAAGAGGAGACAGCUACUCUGAUGAUAGUAGCACCUCAUCAAGAACUAGCUCUGCACCCUCACUCUCUCUCAUGGAUGUCAUCAAUCUCAGCAAGGAAAAGAAACAAUCAUCCAAGAAGAAAGCUCAAGCCAACAAGAGAAACAAGAAGAAGAAAAGCAAGGAAAAAGACUUUGCCCUCGUCAAGUAAAUAUUUUACCAACACACUUUUAUCCC